AUGUGUGAAUGGUAUAUUUAUAGUCGACCAUGGUCAACACUUGGUCCAGAUUGUAUGAGUUGUACUGAUGUUAUUGAUUCAUUUUGUGAUCAAGAUAAUCUUAAUAAAUAUUCAUUAAAUCACUUUGAAAAACUAAAAACAUUACGUGGUACUUCAACUGCAGUUAUACCUGAAUUAUCAAAUGAUGAUAAGAAUUGUUCAUCUUUUUAUUUAGUUUAUCCAUAUCUAGUUCUAGUACCAGGUAUUGAAACAACAUUUCUUUCUGUACGUAUACAAAAAUUUAUUUAUUCAAGCAAAACAAAAGCAAAAAUGAAUCAAUCAACAAACGUUGAAGUACGUGGAAAGUAUCAUGAUAAUAUAUGUGAUAUAGGUCAAGAAGGAACAUAUAGUCAUGAUUUAUGGAUAUUUCCAAUGGAUAAUAAAAUAGACGAAUCAAUAUUUACAUUUGAAAGCAUUAUUCUCCAACAAGUUUAA